AUGGCAAUGCAAUUACGUUCUUUUCUCUUAGGCAUACAGCUACUAAUUGGCUUUGCUUUCACAACUAGCGAAGCUGAUAUUAGAGCUCCACCCACACAUUUCGACACUGCUUCUCUCAAUAGGAGCAGUUUUCCAGAAGGGUUCAUAUUUGGUGUAGGUUCUGGAUCUUACCAAUAUGAAGGUGCUGUAAAAGAAGGUGGUAGAGGACCAAGCAUUUGGGAUACCUUCACCCACAAAUAUCCAGAAAAGAUUAACGAUAGCAGCAAUGGGGAUAUCACUGUUGAUCAAUAUCACCGCUAUAAGGAAGAUGUGGGGAUUAUGAAGAAUAUGGGGUGGGAUGCUUAUCGAUUCUCUAUCUCAUGGUCAAGAUUGUUACCAAAUGGAAAGUUAAGUGGAGGAGUGAACAAGGAAGGAAUCAAAUAUUACAACAAUCUCAUCAAUGAGCUCUUACGCAAUGGUGAGUCAUCCCACCUUACAUGA